AUUUUUUCUUUUAAAACGCAAUCGUGUUUUUGCAGCUAUAUUAUUCGUAAAUGGAGCAGUAAUAUUCGCGCUACACAAACCGAGACAUUAAAAUCAAAUCUCCGAUUUCGUAGCCGGCGGCGGCGACGAUGGCAACUCCAAAUAACAACCGUGAAAAGCUUCGACGACGUCCUGUUCGCCAACGAUCUUUCACCAGAGAUAUUGAACACGUCGCCGCUGAGACUUACUUAAUCACUCGUCUCACCUUUACGCUUCUUCAGUAUCUCGGGAUUGGUUACCGUUGGAUUACAAGAUUACUAGCUCUUGGAUGUUAUGCCAUGCUACUUAUGCCCGGUUUUCUACAAGUUGCAUAUGUCUAUUUCUUCUCAAGCAAGGUAAAGCGAAGCAUUGUUUAUGGAGAUCAGCCUAGAAACAGGUUGGAUCUGUAUCUACCUGUUGAUGUCAGUGAACCUAAGCCAGUUUUGAUCUUUGUAACUGGGGGAGCAUGGAUUAUUGGGUAUAAAGCAUGGGGAUCCCUUUUAGGACUACAGUUGGCAGAAAGAGACAUCAUAGUGGCAUGCAUUGAUUACAGAAACUUUCCUCAAGGAACCAUCAGUGACAUGGUAAAUGAUACUUGUCAGGGAAUUUCCUUUGUCGUCAAUAACAUAGCUAGUUAUGGAGGCGACCCUAAUAGGAUUUACCUAAUGGGACAAUCUGCCGGUGCACAUAUUUCGGCUUGCGCUUUACUGGAACAAGCAACCAGAGAAUCUGGAAAAGGAGAUAGUGUUUCUUGGAGUAUUUCCCAGCUAAAAGCUUAUUUCGGUUUAUCAGGAGGAUACAACUUAUUGGAUUUAGUCGAUCACUUUAACAAUCGUGGCUUGUAUCGUUCCAUAUUUUUAAGCAUAAUGGAAGGUGAACAAUCUUUGAAGAAAUUUUCUCCCGAAAUCAAAAUUCAAGAUCCAUGCAUCAAAGAUUCCAUUCCUCUCUUGCCCCCUAUAAUUCUUUUCCAUGGAACUGCUGAUUAUUCCAUACCAUCAAUUGCAAGUGAACAGUUUGCUGAUGCUCUCAAGAAGGCGGGGGCAAAAACUGAUCUGAUUCUAUAUGAUGGGAAAACACAUACAGAUUUGUUUCUUCAAGAUCCACUCCGGGGUGGUAAAGAGGACCUGUUUGAUCAGGUUGUUGCUAUAUUACAUUCCAAUGAUAGUGAGGCUAUUGCAAAGGAUGCCACGGCACCACCAAGAAGACGGCUUGUUCCUGAGAUUUUAUUACAGUUAGCUCGCAAGAUCAGUCCCUUCUAAGAUUGUUACUGGUUGGGUUUUCAUCUUCUAUGCCUUCACUUCAUCACUUUUGGGGUCUAGUGCAAAUGGUUGGUGCGGAACCCUGGGUACCAAAUUUGAUUCAUACUAAACAAAAAAACUCUUCAUUCAUUGAGUCACCAUAUUUCUUUGGUGGAUAUAUGUUGAGGUUCAUUAUAAAUGUAGCUUAUCAGAAUGCAGGGAGUAAGGGUGUUACCUAGAUCUUCAUGUUACAUUCCUAUAUUCUAUCCACUUUUAUAUGUUAAAUUUAAUUAUUAUUUUUAAGUAAUUAAAGUAAUUUGUUAUGCUAUUCUUUAUGUUUAAA